AGUCAUGUGAUAGUUUACAGACCAGUGUGAUCUACAUUUACUGCACAUAACGAAAUGGUAGUUUCCUCAUAAUGUUUUACAGUAGAUUAUGCCUGUAAACCGAUAUAAGACGUUGCGGGUUAGUUUGAUUCUUGAUAUCACCGCUUGUAGACGCAGCAGAAAGACCGCGCCGUCCCGUUUCGCCCGGAAUAAACUCAUAGAACAACUACUUACGUUUAAUUAUUCUAUUAACAUUGCAACCUUCACAUUGAUAAAGCCUCUGUUUUUUUGAACAGUGAUGUUUGCUCAGGCAAACUGGGUAUGUCUCGUGCUCGCCGCGUUGCUGAUAGCGAUACCAGCAAGCGGGACGCGAUACCAAGCGAACUGGGAGAGUUUGGACGCAAGACCCCUUCCUACAUGGUACGAUGAAGCCAAGUUCGGGAUUUUCGUCCACUGGGGGGUGUUCUCAGUCCCCGGGUUCGAGAGCGAGUGGUUCUGGUGGCAUUGGCAAGGCCAAAACCCACCUGAUACGAAGUGUGUUAAGUACAUGCUGGAUAACUACCCGCCCGGGUUCAGAUAUCCAGAUUUCGCGCCCCAGUUCCAUGCCCAGUUCUUUGACCCGGAUGACUGGGCUGACAUAUUCGAGGCUUCCGGUGCAAAGUAUGUGGUUCUGACAGCGAAGCACCAUGAAGGAUUCACUACCUGGCCCUCUUCCUACUCGUGGAACUGGAACUCUGUGGACACUGGACCACACAGAGACCUGGUGGGAGACCUGGCAGAGGCCGUACGCAACAGGUCGCUGCACUAUGGACUCUAUAACUCCCUGUAUGAAUGGUUCAACCCCCUCUACCUGGCAGACAAGAAAAACAACUUCACAACACAGGACUUUGUCUUGAAAAAACUGCUGCCUGAGCUUUAUGACAUGGUCCUAAGCUACAAGCCAGAGCUGAUCUGGUCCGAUGGGGACUGGGAAGCUCCUGACACCUACUGGAACUCAACAGAAUUCCUGGCCUGGCUCUACAACGACAGUCCCGUUAAAGAUGUGAUUGUGACCAAUGACAGGUGGGGGGCGGGGUGUUACUGUAAACACGGUGGCUACUAUAACUGUGCAGACAAAUACACCCCUGGGGAGCUGCCCAAACACAAGUGGGAGAAGUGUCAGUCUGUAGACACACAGUCCUGGGGUUACCGCAGGACCAUGAGGCUCCUUGACCUGAUGAACCUGCCCAGUAUCAUACAGGACCUUGUUCAAACAGUGGCCAUGGGGGGUAACUACCUGCUGAAUGUGGGUCCUACCCCCGACGGCAUGAUCCCCCCAGUGUUUGAGGAGAGGCUGAGGGGCAUCGGGGCCUGGCUGGAGGUCAACGGAGAGGCCAUCUACUCCUCCAAACCCUGGAGGCUCCAGACUGAGAAUGCCACCGUACCUGUCUGGUACACCUCCAAAUACUCCAGUGUGUUUGCUGUCUUCAUGACGAAACCCACUGUGUACACAUUCCACCUGUCUGAACCUAUCACAGCAGAGAGCACCACGGUGACAUUAUUGGGGAACCUAGAGCCUCUGAGAUGGGCUCCUCUUCACCCCCGGGGUCUGAUCAUCCUCCUUCCUGAGUUACCCCCAACCCCGGCCCAGGCCUGGAUCCUCAAACUGGAUGGGGUCAAGUGAUCUGGGGUGAUAACCAGCCUCCUGAAAUAGGCCUUUAGCUACUGGUGAGCAGUGAAGGUACUCCACGAGACUAGUUGGAAUGAAAUUAAUACAUUUACAUUUUAAAAUGUUGGAAGAUUUUUAGAAUGACCCCAGAAUGACCCCAGAAUGAGUGUGAUAUUAGUUGGGCUAACUUUGUGUAAUUGGCGCCAUGUUGACAACAGAUUUAAAUGAUCGAAUAUAAUUCAAUGAUGCAUUUGGGGUGGCAGGGUAGCCUUGUGGUUGGAGCGUUGGACUUGUAACCGAAAGGUUGCUAGAUUGAAUCUCCCGUGCUGACAAGGUAAAAAUCUGUCGUUGUGCCCCCCGAACAAGGCAGUUAACCCACUGUUCCCCGAUAGGCCGUCGUUGUGAAGAAGAAUGUGUUCCCAACCGACUUGCCUCGUUAAAUAAAGGUUAAAUAAAAGAUUCUGAGCAAAACCAUUGUAAAGAAUUCAGAGCCUCUGGGAGAAGCUUUAUUGAACAAACAAGUUGAAUCAGCUGAGCUUAGCUUUGGAGAAAAGAGAAAAGCUUCCUGUGAUUUUUUGUAUUUUGUUUCUACGCUUUUUGUGUUUGAGUUAGACUCUGGUGUUUAUUAUUAUUAUAUUAUCUCUAUUAUUAUAUCCAGGUGAUUUGAUUUGUAAUGUUUUUUUAUUCAUUUGGACGGAAUCAUUUCAGAAAGUUUUCAGACCCCUUCCCCUUUUUCCACAAUUGAUUAAAUACAUUUUUUUCCGUCAUCAAAACUCUAUAAUGACGAAGUGAAAAACAGGUUAGACAUUUUCUCAAAUGUAUUGAAAUGGAAAACAGAAAUAAAAACAGAAAUACCUUAUAAUUAUUCAGACCCUUUGCUAUGAGACUCUAAAUUGAGGUCAGGUGCAUCCUGUUUCCAUUGAUCAUCAUUGAGAUGUUUCUACAACUUGAUUGGAGUCCACCUGUGGUAAAUUUAACUGAUUGGACAUGAUGUGGAAAGGCAACACACCUGUCUAUAUAAGGUCCCACAGUUGACAGUACACUUUAGAGAAAAAACCAUGCCAUGAGGUGGAAGGAAUUGUCCGUAGAGCUCCGGGACAGGAUUGUGUAUUGAGGUGCUGAUCCGGGGGAAGGGUUAUAUAACAUUCUGCAGCAUUGAAGGUCCCCAAGAACGCAGUGGCCUUCUGGAGAACCUUCCAGAAGGACAACCAUCUCUGCAGCACUCCACCAAUCAGGCCUUUAUGGUAGAGCGGCCAGACGGAAGCAACUCUUCAGUAAAAGAAACAUCACAGCCCACUUGGAGCCCACUUUGCCAAAAGACACCUAAAGACUCUCAGAAUCAAGAUUCUCUGGUAUGAUGAAACCAAGAUUGAACUCUUUGGCCUGAAUGCCAAGGGACAUGUCUGGAGGAAAGCACAUUUCCAAUGUAAUAAGGGGAAACCAAUUUAAUAAUUUAUAGGCGUAACAAAAUGUACUUUCCGAAAGUUCCUGUGGAGAGUUGUGUCUGUCGAGCUUCUGUUUAAUAAUGAUGAUGAUGAUGAUGGAGGUGGGAAAUGAACAAAAGCCACUUUAUUUUCAUUUUUUAAAUUUUAAUUAUUUUGUAUGUUUUAUUUUAAAUUUUUAUGACUGAAUAAAGAAAUUGUUGAUUAA